GCUUGUCCAACUGUUGAAAUAAACACUGGUGUAAGAAUAAAGAAACAAGUGAAGAACAGGUGAAGGAAAUAAUAAGAGUAAACAGAGGUGGGAUUUUGUUCCAAAAGUUGGGGAUCGAUCUUGCUUUCGCCAUCUCCGCCACCACAAGUUUCCAUCUUUCACGGUGGAAAGUCGUCUCAUGAAUUGUACCAGAACCUUUUCUGUUGCAGCACCUAUUACAGAAAGGGAAACUGAAUACAGAUUGUCAUUCGUUGGUCUUUGGCACGUGAAUUAUAUAUUUUUCUUUGGCUGGAAUUAACUAUGCAACCCGCUGGUGGGAGAGACAGCCAACUUUGUGAUAGUAAUAAUCAAAAGAUCCACCCUCAACCUAUGGAAGAGACAAAUAAUCAGAACCCAGAAGCAGUGGAGUCCCUGAUAUCCAAAAUAUUUACCAACAUUUCCUCCCUAAAGUCUGCUUACAUCCAACUCCAAGCUGCUCAUACACCUUAUGACCCUGAUAAAAUUCAAGCUGCUGAUAAGCUUGUUAUUGCUAAGCUGAAGGACCUUUCUGAGCUCAAGCAUUUUUAUAGGGAGAACAACCCCAAACCGUUAUGUGUUUCCCCUCAGGACUCACGUUUAGCUGCGGAGAUUCAAGAACAGCAAAGCUUGUUAAAAACAUACGAGGUCAUGGUAAAAAAGUUUCAGUCUGAGAUUCGCAACAAAGAUUCCGAGAUCACUCAGGUUCAGCAACAGAUCUCUGAGGCAAAUCAAAGGCGGACAAAACUGGAAAAGAAUCUUAAACUUAGGGGUUUGUCAACCAAUGAAUCAGAAGGUUCAAGCGAGGAAAGUGGUUUAUUAUCACUUGAGUUAACACCUGAUCUCUUCAAGUCAGCGGUAGAAGCUGCUUCCAGAGCCAUUCACGAUUUUUCAAAGCCACUAAUUAACAUGAUGAAAGCAGCAGGGUGGGACCUUGAUGCUGCAGCAGAUUCUGUUGAACCUGGCUUAGUUUAUGCGAAAAGAGCUCAUAAAAAAUAUGCAUUUGAAUCCCAUAUUUGCCAAAGAAUGUUUGGUGGCUUUCAGGAGGAAAACUUCUCUCUGAAAGUUGAGAAUAGUAUGGCCACGGAAGAAAGUUUAUUCCACCAGUAUCUUGCCCUAAGAGACAUAGAUCCCCUAGAUGCUGUUGGUCAAAAUCCAGACUCCAAUUUUGGGAAAUUUUGUCGGAGCAAAUACCUAAUUGUUGUUCACCCAAAGAUGGAAACUUCAUUUUUUGGGAACUUAGAUCAGCGAAAGCAUGUGAUGGAUGGCGGACAUCCACGGACACCUUUCUACUUGGCAUUUCUGAAAUUGGCAAAAUCAAUCUGGCUUUUGCACAGGUUGGCUUACUCGUUUGAUCCUGCAGCGAAGGUUUUUCAGGUGAAAAAAGGAUCUGAAUAUUCGGAAGUCUAUAUGAAAAGUGUUCUAGAAAAUUUCCUUAAAGAUGAAAAUGAACAGAAGCCCAAGGUUGGGCUAAUGGUCAUGCCGGGUUUCUGGAUCGAUGGUUGCUUGAUCCACUGCCAAGUCUACCUAACAAGCAUAUAAAUUUCCUAGUACAGUUUAUACUUGUGUUUUGGUAACUGGCUGUAUGUAAAUGUUGGUGCUGGAUGGGCGCUGAUUGUUGCUAUGCAGUGGGUGAUUAUCAGUAUGUGUAGUGUACCCUGAAAUUUAUUGUGGUAAUUAUUGUUGAAUAUUUAAACGAAUAAGUGACAAAGAAAAUCCUUAACAUGUAUUAUUGCAGCCAUAGCCAUAGUUUUUGUUACUGCUAUUUCCAUAUAUUAUAAAUUCCUGUGGUCAGUGGCUAUGGUCUUGCCUCAUGGAGUUGCUGGUCUUCAAUUCAAGUGUAGUAGUUCUUGUGUA